CCGACAUCGAUGUCAUGCAAUUUCACGAAGCGUGUCCCAUAGCCCCAUGAUUGGGCAUUCGAUUUAGCCAGACUUCAUCCAUCGGUGCCAGACUAGCUAGGUCUGGUAAGGCGUGCUACAAUCCUUUUACCCCAAGGAUUUCAUUCAUCCCCGUGGGGCCAGUCGGAUGCCAUGGGGGCUAUGAUUAGGCAUGGUUUGUCAUCGGCGCAGGUUCGGCAUUGUGGAGGUCGGAUUGGAUUAUAUCCGCCGGUUGGAUACAAGCUUCGUGGCGGGCGGCCUGGCAAUGGCUACGCCUGGCGGUGCUUGGCAAGCGCUAGCCGGGUGACACGGUUGAAUGAUGACAUCAAGUACAUAGCCCAUCCAGUGUCCAACGCUAAAAGCCCCUUGCGUCUCCCACUCUGCGCUGGCGUAUGUCGGCCACCCAACCGAUCAGCGCCUGAUUCCGCUCGGUCGCUAUUGCGGGGUUCAUUUCACGCCGUGAUUUUUGCUUCGCAGUCUACUGCUUGCUCGAGCCGGCAUCCUUCGCGCGGCAGAUGGCUCGGGCCACCGUCGAGAGAAUCGGGGUUGCCAGGAUAUGAGACCACCGACCUCCUGUCCGAAGCCAACAGCUGGUCGUGCCGUCAGCCGGGCCCACUUGUGACUCACGCGCCUUCCUUGACUUGGAGCUCGGGGAUCCCCACGGGGAUGCCGGUGAGUGAACACAGUUUAGGUAGCCUCGGUUACCCGCCGAGAAGGGACAAGCGAGUCCAGGAAGGUGAGACGGAGAAGUGUCGAUGUUGGUCCGUCGUGAGAACGGUUGGCCUGAUUUGACUUGCGGCUCCCACCACUCACUCUCAACACCAUCAGUUCUGGCGUCAUGCUUCUGGCGCCACCUGCUAGCUCACUUCUUUAUUAAGAGACAUUGAGUAUUGAUACCAGUCACUGGGUGCCCCACCAAGGCGUCUUGGUCAGGUCCGAGGCAAUAAAAU